GUUCCUGAACAACAUUACUUCCUACUUCCCCAAAGCUUGAAGCUUUUUUUUUAAACCCCCAAUCCGCAUACAUAUUAACCGUAGAUCCGAACGAUCCAGACUGUACAAUGGGCGCUUCUCAGUCCGUAGAACUACCAUCUGAUGAAGAAGACGAACAGGAUGAAGAAGAAGAUGCGGAGCACGAAAACGAUACGCCAGAUGAGAGACACCGAUUAGUUGGUGACGACUCUCUGCUCAAGAAGGUUCUCGAACAAGAGCCUGAGAUGUUACCUUGCCACGCCUCCGCAUCCCCUUUAUCCCCUCAACUAUCCUCUUUCGGCACCCCGCGUUUGGGACCUUCUAUCAAGGUCUGGGACCCUUAUAAUGUUCUUGCUCCACCACCCUCAAUUCCUCAUUUCCACCGAACAUUCUCCUCUGAUUCUGUCGAUGACGAUAGGACCCUCACUGACCUAUAUUUAAUUAGUAAUGGCGAAUGUCAUAUGAAUUUAAGACCUGAUUUGAUUGCCGGCCGAUCCCCAGAGGCUGCACUUACACCUAAUGGCAAGCGCCAAGCAAGAGCUUUGGCUGUUUUUCUAAAGUCUCAAGGGAUUCGUUUCAAUUCUGUCUAUACAUCUCCCUUGGAUCGGGCACGAGCUACUGCCCUCUCUGUUUGUCAGGAAAUAAACUUUUCAGAGGAACGGAUACAAUCCUCUGAUGCUCUACUGGAAAUGAGUCAGGGGCAUUGGGAGGGAUGCCACCGCUCGGAUAUUUUUACACCUGAAACAACUAGCCUAAUGGAAAAGUUCCAGCCUGAUUUUUCAGCACCAUCUGGAGAGUCACUGAGGCAGGUGGAAUUUCGGAUGGUACAAUUCCUAAAUGGAACUGUUAUGACAUUGCCUGACAAAUUCAGAUCUGAUUUCUCUCCACCUGAUCAGAGUGAGAACCAGGGCUUCUCAAACCGUGGUUCUCAUCCACUUGUCAAUUCAGUUCAUGACCGAGAUGGGCUGCCCUCUUUCUCGUCAUCCCAUUGGGAUUUGCACCACAGGAAUCGACAAGGACUUUCGAGGAAGAAGUCUGGAAAGAGUAGGCUUCAGAUCGUGACAACUACUGGGGAUCAUGAGGCUGAUGACGAGAUGUCACCACGAGAACCCAUUAAUCCUAACUCCAUCCGAGAUUUAAAUGUGCAAAUCAGUACUAAUGUUUCUCAAUGCAUUGGUAUUUUCACGCAUUCAAUCCCAAUAAAGUGUCUUCUUACUGGCCUUCUUGGCUGCAGUUCAAUGAUGUCAAGUAAGAUAUGCAUAGAUGAUUCUUCAGUGACAGUGCUACAACAUUCCUGGAAAAUGGGAUGGCAGAUCAAGAGAAUGAACGAUACUGCACAUCUUAGGCUUUUCUAGUAAAUUAUUCCAUUCAAUAGCUGAGAUCACUGAGAAAUUUUCAAGAAUUCACGGGAUGUGUAUUCUACAAUUAGAUUCAGAUCUCGGGGGGUUAUACAUUCUCAAUUUCUUUUCCUACUUGUACAAUUGCAUGCUGAUACUGAAUUGGAGAACCACGGCUGUGGAUUAUUAUUUCAGUUUGUAGAAUUUUAAAUUUUUGAUAUUGUAGGGCA